UGUUUUCACAUUUAUCUACACUUAUUAAACUGCAUUAAAGUACGCUAAAACUAGAUUUCCAUCAUACAUAAAGGUCUGUUUGGACACGUGAUACUGUUGGUGACGUCAUAUCGAACGCGUUGGAUAUGCAGCGAGACCUGUGUGAGGAUGUCGAUCAAACCGAAAGUAAGAAAGCCCUAUAUAAACACACACACACCAUCCUCAAACACAAACAAUCUGUGCCUCGCACUCCGAGCAUUUCUUUCUGCACAUUCUGUGUUUGUACUGUUAACAUGGGCAACUUUUUCUGUCAACUGUUCUCUCGUCUCUUUGAAGGGAAAAAGCAGAUCAGAUUGGUGAUGGUUGGUCUGGAUGCAGCAGGGAAAACAACAGUCCUCUACAAACUCAAACUGGGUGAAGUUGUCUCAACUAUUCCAACCAUUGGUUUUAAUGUGGAGACGGUUGAGUAUAAAAACAUCUCGUUCACUGUGUGGGACAUCAGUGGUCAGACUAAAAUAAGAGAUCUUUGGAAGUAUUAUUAUCAGUACAGCCAGGGUCUGAUCUUUGUGGUGGACAGCAGUGAUCAUGAAAGGAUUGAAACAGCAGCUGAAGAACUAAAUGCAAUGCUGGCAGAAGACGAGACGAGAGACGCUGUUUUACUAGUUCUGGCUAACAAGCAGGAUUUACCCAAAGCCAUGCCGGUCCAUGAGCUGACAGACAGACUGGGUUUACGUGCUCUGACUGGAAGACAGUGGUUUGUUCAGUCCACAUGUGCAGUUCAGGGAUCUGGUUUAUAUGAAGGACUCGACUGGCUCACAGAUCAACUCUCCAAACGAUAAUACAGAAUUAAAUAUUUCUAUGUAAUUAUUUUGUGUAUAUACCACUAUAAAAAUUAAUUAUUUUAUCAUUUAAUUUAAUUUAAUUUAUUUUAAUUUAAUUUAAUUUAAUUUAAUUUAUUUUAAUUUAAUUUAGAAAUGUGUCCUUUUCAAACACAAGGGAUUGUAGCUGAAUUUAUUUACAAUUGAUUCUCUCCACUGCUGUACUGUGUUUUAUUUUUAUUCUGCUGCUGUAUUUGAUGUACUGUUAAUGUACCACUGUAAAAUAUUUGUUUAAGUUAUAUUUUGACUUGCUGACAUCUGUCUGGAAUAUAUCUGUGCCUUCAAAAUA